AUGGACGGCAAGAACAGACCCAUUUCUCCCGACCACCACGAAAGUGAUCAGCAUGACCGCCCGUCCAAGCGCCAAAAGACCGAGGUGACGGAGUCAUCAGAAGCCGUGGUGGGAGGUGAAGAGAAGGAGAACCGGGAGGAACAAGACGACAAGGAGGAGAAUGACAAGGAGGAAGAUGAGGUACCCUCUAGUGAUGAUGGCGAGAGCGAAACCGACGACGACGACGAUAGUUUGCCCUCGCUGGACCUUUGGCAAUGGCCUUCUCCCCCGCUCGCCGGAAUUCAGGAACAGGACCAAGCCCAUAAUGAGCCCGGGCAGCAACUCAACCAGCAGCAACAGCAACAGGAGCAGCAGCAGGUCAUAGCUGCACAACAAGAACCACAGCAACAACCGCACCCCGAGCCAGUCACCCCUGCGGUUGUAGUGCCUCAUCAACAUCAUGAGACACAGAUUGUGGCUGGCCUCCUCACACCAAUCCUUGUACCCCAAGGGGGGCAUCCGCACGAGGCGCAAAUCGUCAUGGGUUUGGCCACGCCAGCACCAGAGGCCGAGAUGCUCUUACCAAUUGUCCCAGACGAUGGGUUUGCUCUGCCUCCGCCAGUCCUUGCUGUUAUGCCCGAGCCAGUCGCUCCUGCGGUGGUGGUGCCUCAUCAACAUCAUGAGGCACAGAUCGUGGCUGGCCUUCCCACACCAGCCCUUGUACCCCAGCAUCCGCACGAGGCGCAAAUCGUCAUGGGUUUGCCCACGCCAUCACCACAGGCCGAGCCUCAGCUGGGUGUGAACUUACCAGCUGUCCCAGACGAUGAUGGGCUUGCUCUGCCUCCGCCAGUUAUUGCUGUCGCGGGGUAG